AUGAUCCUAUCAGGUUACAGUUAUAAGUUGCGAUACAAACCAGGCCGGGACAUCGGUAAUGCAGAUGCCCGCAGUCGAUUACCCUUACAACUACCGUCGACAACUGAGGAAGAACAACAAGAGACAACUCAAUUCUUACAGCAACUGGAAUCGUCACCUGUAUUGGCAAGAGAUGUUAGAAGAUGGACAGAACAAGACCCUAUACUGUCUAAGGUACAAUAUUAUGUUCACCAUGGUUGGCCUAAUAAACCACUAAUCGAAGCGUUAACUCCUUACUGGCGAAAAGCAAGUCACUUAUCUAUAGAAGAGGGAUGCGUAUUAUGGGGAUACAGGAUGAUUGUACCACCACAAGGGCAACAAGUUUUGGAAGAGUUACAUGCUGGUCAUCCUGGUGUGGCGCGGAUGAAAGGCUUAGCCAGAAUGAUAGUCUGGUGGCCAGGACUAGAUGGGGACAUCGAACGCACGAUCCAAGGUUGUUCUAGUUGUCAAGAAACAAGGAAUGCACCAUCAAAAGCUUCAUUGCAUCCCUGGAUGAGGGAGCAUGUGGACUACGCUGGACCCUUGCUAGGGAAAAUGUUUCUUGUACUCAUUGACGCACACUCGAAGUGGAUGGAAGUAGAACCUGUAGAAUCAGCGACGACAAAAGCUACGAUGGAAAAGUUAAGAAAAAAUUUUCUCAACUCAGGGAAUUCCUGA